CAGCCUCCAGAGGAGCCUUAACGUGCCAGAUCGUGGGCCACCGCUCUAGCCUUGAGUCGUGAGCCGGGGGUCUCAGGAGAUCCGGAGCAGCCUCUGCUGAAGCUCACAGCCUCCUCGACAGCAGUCGGGACAUGGAGCGUCAGCCGCAGAGCAGCCACGAUGCCUAUGACGUCACGGAUGCAGCCAUUGCCCGCUUCUUCAAGCUGGGGGUCGAAGAGGAGCGGGAAGAAGCGAAAGAGGUGAAGCCCGCGGAGAUGUCGCCUCCCGGAGAGGGGGGAGAGGAGCAGAAGGCUCAGUCCGAACCGGAGCAGGGAGCAGCCGCGGAAGGGAAAGAGGCGGGAGACGAAGGAGAAGGAAAGGAAGGCUGCGAGGUCAGCGUCGGAGCCGCCGGCCCCGCGGACGGCGAAAGCCGCGAGGCCGAGGCCGAGGCCGAGGCGGGCGGCGGCGAAGGCGGAGAGCAGGGCGGCGAGGAGCAGCCCCCGCGGGCCGCCGUCGAGGGUCCCGAGGCCACAGAAGGGCGGCGGCGGGGCCCCCGCGCCAGGUUCACGCAAGCGCAGGUGCAGGACCUGGAGCACGUUUUCCAGCGCACUCAGUACCCCAACGUGCUCAUGCGAAAGGAGCUUGCAAGACGCCUGGGAGUGACUGAAGCCAGAGUGUGGGUUUGGUUUAGGAGUAGAAGGGCCAAGUGUCGGAGACAUCAGAGGGCAGUAAUGCUCAGAAACGUGCCCCACGUGCCCCCGGUCCUCCCUGCUGUCGUCAGCGUGUGUCGACCCUGCAGUGCCAUUCUGCUUCAGGAGCUGGAUUGGGUCCACGUUUUUCUGGAGCAAGUGCCGCUGGAGCUGCCUCUGCUGCCCGUGCCGCCCAUGCCACCCAACCUGCCCGUGCCACCCAUGCCGCCCAUGCCGCCCGUCCCACCCAUGCCCCCCAUGCCACCCAACCUGCCCGUGCCGCCUGAGCCAACCGUGCCACCCAUGCCGCCCGUGCCACCUAACCUGCCCGUGCCACCCGUGCCACCUGAGCCACCUGUGCCACCCUUGCCACCCUUUCCUCCUAUGCUGUUGCCUCCUCCGCCCUGUCAUCUUCCACACGUGCUUCACUGUAGGUGCCCUCAUGUGGCAUGGCGUCGUUCCUUUCCAUUGGAGAUCCUUCAGCUGCCCCGACUUUCUAUUGAAUUGUGUCUGUGACGGUUUUUUCCAAAGGGCCUUUGAGCCAGUUUCAAAUUCUGCAUACCUCACCACCAAGAGCAGUUCCCCAAAUGCCUGCCAAGUAUAUUAAAUAGAAGUAGAGGCCUUGACCCACUGUUUUAGGGCAUGUUUUGUAUUUUCAAUAAAGUUGUGAGUUCU